GCAGCUAAAGACAAAUGCUCGAAUACUUGAGGAGUGAGACCGCCUUUCUGGAAGAGUUGGUGUUUGGGAAUGGAGAUACCAUUGAACUUUCCUGCAACACCCAAGGCUCUUCUAUGUCUGUUUUCUGGUUUAAAGAUGGUAUUGGGAUUGCACCUACCAACAGAACUCAUAUUGGACAAAAACUGUUGAAGAUAAUCAAUGUGUCUUAUGAUGACUCGGGGCUGUACAGUUGCAAGCCGAAGCAUUCCAAUGAGAUCCUGGGGAACUUCACAGUCAGAGUAACAGAUUCUCCUUCAUCAGGUGAUGAUGAAGAUGAUGAUGAUGAAUCAGAAGAUACAGGUGUCCCCUUCUGGACCCGGCCAGAUAAGAUGGAGAAGAAGCUGCUAGCCGUUCCCGCGGCCAACACAGUUCGCUUCCGUUGCCCGGCGGGCGGAAACCCAACUCCAUCUAUAUACUGGCUGAAAAACGGCAAAGAGUUCAAGGGAGAGCACAGGAUUGGGGGCAUAAAAUUGCGACACCAGCAGUGGAGCUUGGUGAUGGAGAGCGUUGUUCCAUCAGACCGAGGAAAUUACACCUGUGUUGUGGAGAACAAAUAUGGCAACAUUAGGCACACGUACCAGCUUGAUGUAUUAGAACGGUCACCCCACCGACCCAUCCUGCAGGCGGGGCUUCCCGCCAACCAGACCGCGGUGGUCGGCAGCAAUGUGGAGUUUCACUGCAAGGUCUACAGUGAUGCCCAGCCUCACAUCCAGUGGCUGAAACACGUGGAAGUCAACGGCAGCAAGUACGGACCUGAUGGGACGCCCUACGUCACGGUGCUGAAGUCUUGGAUCAGUAAAAACGCUGAAGCCGAUGCUAACCUAAAUCUGUUCAAUGUGACAGAACAAGAUGAAGGAGAAUAUCUGUGUAGAGCCAACAAUUUCGUAGGCAUAGCCGAAAAACCAUUUUGGCUCCACAUUCGCAAACCAAAACCAGCGGAGGAGCUGAUGGAAAUGGAUGAUUCGGGCUCAGUGUACGCUGGCAUUCUCAGUUACGGCACCGGCUUUGUUCUCUUCAUCCUGGUGCUGGUCAUUGUGAUUAUCUGCAGGAUGAAAAUGACAAACAAAAAAGCCAUGAACACACCUACUGUGCAGAAAGUCUCCAAAUUUCCACUCAAGAGACAGGUGUCACUGGAGUCGAACUCUUCCAUGAACUCCAAUACGCCCCUGGUCAGGAUUACACGUCUCUCCUCCAGCGACGGGCCGAUGCUGGCUAACGUCUCCGAGCUGGAGCUGCCUCCCGAUCCCAAAUGGGAGUUGGCACGAUCUCGCCUGACCUUGGGGAAGCCGCUCGGCGAAGGAUGUUUUGGCCAAGUGGUGAUGGCGGAAGCGAUUGGGAUUGAUAAGGACAAGCCAAACAAGGCCAUCACAGUGGCUGUCAAGAUGUUAAAAGAUGAUGCUACUGACAAGGACCUGUCCGACCUGGUCUCUGAGAUGGAAAUGAUGAAAAUGAUUGGGAAACACAAAAACAUCAUUAACCUCCUCGGUGCCUGCACACAGGAUGGACCGCUCUACGUGUUGGUGGAGUAUGCGUCGAAAGGGAACUUGCGGGAAUACCUCAGGGCACGCCGCCCACCCGGCAUGGACUAUUCUUUCGAUACCUGCAAGCUGCCGGAGGAGCAGUUAACAUUUAAGGACCUGGUUUCCUGUGCCUACCAGGUGGCCCGUGGCAUGGAGUACUUGGCGUCUCAGAAAUGCAUUCAUCGCGACUUGGCAGCCAGGAACGUGUUAGUCACUGAAGACAAUGUGAUGAAAAUAGCCGAUUUUGGCCUCGCUAGAGAUGUUCACAACAUCGACUAUUACAAGAAAACCACCAAUGGUCGGCUGCCUGUGAAAUGGAUGGCUCCAGAAGCAUUGUUCGACCGGGUCUACACUCACCAGAGCGAUGUCUGGUCUUUUGGAGUGCUACUAUGGGAGAUCUUUACGCUGGGAGGGUCUCCAUACCCGGGAAUUCCCGUCGAGGAACUCUUCAAGCUCUUGAAAGAAGGCCAUCGGAUGGACAAACCCGCCAACUGCACUCACGACCUGUACAUGAUCAUGAGGGAGUGCUGGCACGCGGUCCCAUCGCAACGGCCGACCUUCAAGCAGCUGGUGGAAGACCUGGACAGGGUCCUCACCGUGACAUCCACUGACGAGUACCUGGACCUGUCGGUGCCCUUCGAGCAGUAUUCACCAGCUUGCCAGGACACCCACAGUACCUGCUCCUCAGGAGACGACUCCGUUUUUGCACAUGACCUUCUGCCAGAUGAGCCGUGUCUCCCCAAGCACCAGCAGUGCAACGGCGUCGUCAGGACGUGAUGGCCCACCACCCGGAAAGCUGCAUGGACGGAUGGACAACAGACGUGAAGGCGCGAGUGCGGGUGUGGGGGAGGCCGAGGACAAACCGUAGUGAAGGAUCUUUCAAUGAAACUGUUUGGUAAUUCCAGAAGAUUUUUGUUGUUGUCGAGCUGUUCAGGGUAAUUUUUUUUUUUCCCAUUUGCUGUACAAAAAGUCAAGAAGCACUGUUUGGCCUGAAGGAACUAAUCUCUUGCCAAGAUUAUAUAUCGUAUAUGAUUUUUUAUUUUUGUUUUUUCUAAACAGAAUGUUAAAUCUGGGGGGUGCUGACCUCUCCACCUCCGGUAUUGUAUUACCGAGUGCCAGAUUAGCCGUUCUGUGCCUGCAAUACAAAGAAGAGAAAAAAAAUCUUCCUUAAAAAAAAAAAAUGUGUAAAGAAUGUAGAAAUUCUUUGCUUAUGCAAUCUGUACAUGAACCUUUUUGGUGGAGCUGAAAAGCCACGUUGCCUGCAGGGAUUCAUAUAUUUAUAAAGAAUAUCUAUAUUUUUGUUGUUGUUGUUUUUAUAGCUUCGUGAUCUAUUACCCAGCUACUUAGAAGGAAUCUUUUUUUUUUUUUUUUUGGGAAGAAGAAGAAAAAGUAAAUGAAUAAGAUGCAACUAAUAAUAAU